AUGUCUGUCCCACAAGGGCGCAAGAGAGCUCGGCUGGCUUGCGACACCUGUCGGGAUCUGAAGCGUAAAUGUGACGGUUCUGAGCCCUGUGGAACAUGUGUUCGCUUUGAAUAUGAUUGUUCCUACUCUGAGCCGGCUGGUCGCAAGAGCAGGAGGAUCACGAGGAUGCCGACGACGUCUCCCUCGGCGGCCGGGUCAGUAUCUGCAAAUCUAACCAGUCCCCUCAUUGAGACUGGCCGCCCGGCAGUAUCAAACCUGCACACACGACUUCGGUCGCUAGAGGCCAACUCUGGAGCGGCUUUCCUGCGCAGGCUUGCCCUGAGGAUCGAUGCCAACAAUGCACCCCGUAUGCAUGCCUUUGCUUGGAAUGCCUUCCUCGGUACGCGCUCUAUCGUCCACACGCCAGUUGCACGGCCAAUAUUGGAGAUGCUCUCAGAGGUGGACAUGCGAGAGCUAGCAAACACAUAUUUCGAAAAAGUUGAUCCUAUUUACGGCUUCUUUGACCGCCAAGAUGUCGACACCCGGAUCAGAAGGCGCUGGGCAACGCUGACGGCUGCUCCAGCUGAGGACGCAGUGCUGUGUGGCAUCGCGGCCCUGGGGUACUUGUUUUCUCAUAUCACAACGGGCGCAUUGGAACUCGACCUUGCCGAAUCAGCUCGAGCCAUUUUGGAGCGGACCAUGUUCGACCCUCCCUCGUCCACCAGUGUCACGGCUUGGACACUUAGAGUGACAUAUCUCAGAAUGACUUCUACGCCUCACACAACAUGGAUGGCUAGUUGCAUCUUGAUGCACAUGGUGGAAGCAGCAGGUCUACAGUACGAGCGUGCUCAAGAAUCCAUUCUCCUCCCGCACAGAGAGAACAUCAACCCAGAAAUCAGGAAGCGACUAGUGGCUGUUGCUCAACACCUGAAUAUUUGGGUCUCAUUUGACAUGGGCCGUUCCCGAGUAACAGUGGUCAAUGUCACGACUGAAUCCUUGAUAGCCCGCCCAGGUGACAGCACAGUGGAAUUGCUUGAACUCCUCCCUUAUUCUCUCAUGCUCGACCCGGAACGGUGCUCCAAUGUUGUCGAGCUCGAGUCGGCCAUGUCCAUUGUUCUUGAGCGCACCCACCACACGCCGCCCUCUAUUCUUGCGCAGUGCAAUUUGAUGCUGUGUCUCUGCCGUCGGCUUCAGUCCAUGAACGUUGCUUUCACCGGUGCCACUCUGGAAUCAAUCCUGUCGCUUAGUGCUCAAGGCGUCUGGGCGGCAUCGGCGGUUCUGGACAGUCGUUCACCGUGGCAUCAUAUGGUUAAUGUACCGUUCCAGGUCGUUUGUGUGCUCUUGGCGAUCGAUACACUCGCAUCAACAUCACAGCUCAGGGGUGCUCUGCAAUGCCUUAAUCGCGUUGCAGCCGUUUAUAACACGGAUGCCACGCAGGAAGCUCUUCGGACUGCUUCAUUGCUUGUUUCUAUUCAUCAGAAAUGGAAAGAAAGAUUUGCUUCCAAUUUAAACGACGCACUGAAUGCCAUUCCAGUCACGACUGGCCCACUGCUCAAUAAUAAUGUCAUACCGCCUCCAGAGGACACAAGCUGGUUGGACGAUUUGCUUGGGGAUCUAUCAACUACACAGCAAUUUGACCUCGAUCGUUUACUAGACCCUCGCCCAUUCUGGCAACUUGAUGGUAACACAAUUUAA